AUGCCGAGGACUUGCAACGCCGAGCCUUGCGAGGCCACGGUUUGUAAUGGAAACGUUUCGCUCGUGCCAAUACCGAUCAAGUUUCCUUUCCGCAUAGUAGGCCAGCAGGCCAAGUCUUGUGGUUCCCCUGGUUUUGAUUUGUAUUGUGAUCAUAAGUUAGGCAACCUUCUACGUCUCCCAAAUGCUGGAAACUUCACCGUUGAUGCUAUAUCCUAUUCGUUAAGGGAAAUAAAGCUUUCGGAUCCGAGUAAUUGUCUUCCGCAAAAAUUGUUAUCAUUAAAUCUUACCACAACCCCUUUUCGAGGGGUAAGGCAAAAGGAUUUUUGGGUGUAUAACUGCUCUGGAGUUGGUGAUCAUAGCGAUUUAUAUGAUGAAAUCGACUGCCUUGGAGGUUCGAAUUACAAGAUUGUUAGUGUACCGCGAGGAGUUAAUGUCACUAAUACUAAUUGCAAGUUAAUGAAGAUUGUUUCUGUUCCAACAAAUUAUGGAUUAUACAAACUUAACAUAACUAAGCUGAGUAAUCAUUCAAGCAUCGACCUUACUUGGGACAAACAGACAUGUGAGUCAUGUGAAAGCUUCACUUGGACAUCUCCAGCAGCUUCGGACUCCAACAAAAACUCGUUAGAGUACCGCACAUUGGUAGCAAUAGUAACAACAUUCGUAGUGUUAUUUUUAAUCUUCAUCAGCUGUACUUUGUGCAUUCUGCUGUCAAGAAAAAAUGUUGAACAACCAGCUAUUAUUACUACGACCAAUACAGUUUAUACCGACUCUGAUAGAUAUAGUAUUACGCUAGCAGAUGUCGCUGGACUUGAUCUGACCACGAUUAACUCGUAUCCAAUGGUGGUGAUUGGCGAGAGUAGGCGCCAGAUUAAACCCGGCGAUGACAAGAACUGCCCUAUAUGCUUGACGGAUUACUCACGUGGUGACACCCUAAAAACGUUACCGGAUUGUCUUCAUCGCUUCCAUGCUGGUUGUAUUGAUCCGUGGCUAAGAGCUAAAGCUAGUUGCCCCAUUUGUAGAACUUCUCCUCGUCAAAAUUCUUGA